UUCGAAUAUAUUUUUUGUGUUACUUCGUUGCAUUACCUUUUUUAUUACCCCAAUUUAAAAAUUGUAUAGGGUUUUUUCGUUAGUAACCAUGUCAAAAAAUGUGUACAUAACCUCUAACAUUUAAAUUUAUUGAUAUGUUGUUUUCAGCCGAAAUAAGUGACUUUCGGACAAUACACAAUGUCCUGCGUGCCAUAUCCUUUAAGGACUAUGCCAUUUUGCGCCCCACCGAAGAGGGGCUAAAAUUCACUCUGGAAGAGAUGAAAAGUGUGGAAAUUUCGGCAUACGUGCCGCGUAAUAUGUUUAGCUACUACAGAAUUGCUGACAAUACGGACGUCUCAUUUAAAAUCAGCAUGAAAGUGUUCACUGAAUGUUUAAAUAUUUUUGGAGAUGAGGGGAAUCCCAGCAUAAAAUUGUCGUAUAAGAACGAAGGCGCACCAUUGUGUCUGAUUAUCAAACACAGUGAAGAAAAUAUAACUGUUGAUUGUGAAAUCAAAACAUUAAACGCAGACGACUCCCACGAUUUCAGCCUCGCCGAAGAAUGCAACUUGAACAAAGUAGUUUUUAGUGCAAAUAUGUUAGCCGAAGUUUUACAAAGGUUGGAUAAUGCAGCUGAUGAAAUCACAAUUUCAAUAAGUCCAGAUCCGCCCCAUUUUACAUUAAGUACAACCGGGAUUGCCGGCGAAUCCAAAGUCAACAUUCCCCGCCAGUCAGAUUCUAUUACGAUUUUCCAAUGCCAACAAAAAUCCUCUUGGAAGUACGCUUUCCACAACAUUCGCCAAAUUUUAAAAGUCAUGAAUUACGCAAACAAAGUGGCGAUUUUCUCCGGCGAAACUGGUCUUUUAGGAUUGCAGCUUGUGAUAAAUUCAGAUGAAAGACAAAUGUAUAUUGAGUAUUACGUCACGUCGCUGUUUGGCGAUGGGUGAGAAAUGAAACUGGUGUUGCAGUAAACAAUUUAUUAUACCUCGUUUUAAAGUCUCGUUAGACAAAAUUUUAAAUAAUAACCAGUGACUUGUAAAUGCAAUUUAAUUAAAUAAAUGUUUAUAACGGCA